AUGGUCGUGAAGGCGCCUUUCAUCUUGGCGGCAAUCAUCCACCUGGCGACGAUUGGAAUCCGCGGUGCUGCAGGACAGUUUACAGGUCCUACACUAGCCUGCGGCGGCACAUCGUUGCUGAAAACAACCACAUUGAUUUCACCGGACCAGAUUGGCACCAACGGUGCCGCCACUAGCUGCAGCUACAGCAUACGUGCCAUCAAUUUACGCGUCUGUCAGCUUCGUCUGGAUUUCAACUCAUUCAACCUGGCCUCACCGACGAUCGAUAGUGGCGUGGAAUGCACCGUCGACACACUUUCGAUUCAGAAUCUGGAUUUCAAAUUGUGUGGCGAAAACAGCGGACAGCACAUUUAUGUCCCGUUCAACCCGACCCUCACGGAAUUGACAUUGGCUAUUAACUUUAAUCUUGGCACGAGGCUCCCGGGGCAAAGCGGACCGUACUGGAACAUACGGGUGCAGCAGCUAGAAUGUCCGAUAGGCGCAGCCUAUGCUUCGAAAAUAGCCGUUCGAACCGAAUCUACCGGUUUGGCCAAGACCUUUCAUAAUGAUUUGGCAUCGCUGGCACCGGCGGGCUGUCUGCAGUAUCAUACAGCACAGACCGGAGUCAUUAAAUCGUUCAAUUUCAACAUGGGAGGACCCUAUAUUGGUGGCAUGCAUUAUGCCAUCUGCUUCCGUCGCCUUCGCACCAACACGGCACUGAAACUGUACGCGGAUGUGUUCGACCUGGCUACCAACGAUGCCUCUGGAUAUGAAGAAGCAUGCUAUUCGCAUAUCGAAACCCCACUUCGGUCGGAGGACCAUCUCUUCAUACCGGAUGGACGAGUUGAGUUAAGUGGUCAAAUCAUGAGGCUUAAUCGGUUCUGCGGACAUAGUAUUCAUCAAAAGUAUGUGGAAACAUCCAGCGCGGGGCCGUUCGUUCUACAAUUCAACAGUGACACCGUUUAUGGUCUCAAUGGAGCAAGCGAAACUGGUUUUCACAUCACAUAUGAAAUUGUCUAG